AUGGGUACACGUUUUAGUACUCGUAAUUUAAUUCAAUAUACACAAUCAUUAAUGACAUUUAUUUGUGGUAGUAUAUGUUUAUUGCUACUUUCAAUACUAACAUAUGUAACACUACGAAAACAUUUACUACCAACAUCACAUCUUAUUAUGCCAAUGUCUCUUGGUUUGCCGCCAUCGUUUAAUCUAAAAGAUGAUUUAAUUUUUCUAAAAUCAUCAACGAAUUUUCCAUCAUAUCUUGUUAGUUAUAUUAAUUUAAGUGAUACAAUAUAUGAUCAAUAUCCACUUGAUAUAUCAUCGCAUUCAUAUCGUGUUGAACUUCAUUGUUAUUCACCACGUUCAUAUAGAAAUCGUCAACUUGGAUCAUUUUUUGUUCAAUUAAUAUUAAAUUCAACAUCACAUCAAUUAAUUAUUGAACAUUCACGUUUAAUUUUAUUUCCAUAUCAAUCAGAUAUAAUUCGUUUAAUACGAACAUUUCUUUUUUUACCAUUAUCAAUAUUUCGUAUUGAUUAUGAUCGAUGGCAUUUGAAAGAAAUUUUAAUUGAACGUUUAAAUAAUCAAGAAAAGUCAAAACGUUUUAUUGAAAUAAUUCAGUUAAAUAUUAUUCCAUCGACAUUUCAACUUGAUCAAUGUUCAAUACAUUUUGAUAUACGUGAUUUAACCGGUCUUAUAAUAAAUGUUAAAAUGAAUCAACAUAAAUGUAAAGGUUAUUUAAUUGAUUCAACACAUGGAAAAUUACAAAAGAAAAAAGAUGCUUUACUUGAAUUUAUAUUUGCUGAAAAUGCAUUAUGUUUAACAGUUAGUGCACAAAAUGUGAAUAUAAUUACAUAUACAUUAAAUAACAAUACAAUAUCAAAAGUUAUACUAAGUAGUGCUUUACUUGCUAUUAAUUUGAUAGAUAAAAAACAGAUAAAAAUAUCAGGAAUAGGAAAAAAUAAAUUAUCUGAAUUAAAAAAUAUUCUUGAUUGUUUAUUACAUGAGGAUUAUACUGCAUAUCAAACACUUGUAGAAAAUUUUUGUAAUAAUUCAUUUAAUUCAAAUAAUAUAUCACGGAAUGAACUAUCUAAAAUAAAUCAGAGUACACAUUCAAUCCAUAAUGAUUCAAGUUUAUUAUCAGAUAUAACAAGUAAAAAACAACCAAAAAUUGAUAAAAUGAAACAUACGAAUCAAUUUUUGGAGAACGAUGAAAAUUCACAACCGACUAUGUUAAAUACAUCGAAAACAAUUGAAAAGAAAAAGAAUACUCUUUUAAGUGCUUCGAAUUUUUAUCCUCAUUCACAAGAUGAUCAUCAUCAUAAUUCAAUUGAUGAAAAUAUUGAUCAUACUACACAGGUUCAACAACAAUCACGAAAACGGACAAGUGAAAAUCAAUUUUCAACUUCAUCAAUUCGUUUUCAACAUGCAACAAAUACAACAUCACCUUAUUUCUCUCAUAAAACAGAUUAUAAAAUAAAACGAAAUACAUCUAAUGGUGAAUCACGAAUUAGUCUAUUAUCAAAUAUUUAUUCUAAACCACUUAAUAAUAAUACACGUUUUCGAAAUAAUGAUGAUGAUGAUAAUGAAGAAUAUUUAUAUAAUUGCCAUGAUUCACCAUAUACAACAAAAAAACUUGAUAAUCAAUCAUCAACUGAUAUAUCAUUAUCAAAAGCAGUUACAACAACAAUGAAUUUACGAAAAAAAGGUUUAAAAAAUAUUGGUGCAACUUGUUAUAUGAAUUCUAUACUUCAAUGUUUAUUAAAUAUUGAUCCGUUUCGUUAUGAUUUAAUGGUUACAAAUUCUGAAUUAAUAACAUCAUCAUUACUUGAAGAAAAUACAAUUUAUCUUUGUGUUUUAAAAAUUCUUGCACUUUUACAGGAUCGUCAAUCAACACAAUCGCAACAUAGUACGACAACUCAGUUAACAGAUGAUGAACGAACAGUUGAAUCACAAGCAUUAAUUAAUUUAAAAAAAGCCUAA